AUCGCGGCGGCAGCGGCCAUGGCGGCGGAGCGGCUGCCGGCCCUGGUGCUGCUCGCCCUGCUGCUGGGGGGCACGGCGGGACCCGCGGCUUGGGCAGCGCGGAGCCGCGGAGCCGAGAAACAGAACAGCCUCCGCCGGGCUGCCAGCGGUAUCUAUCAAGGCGUCAGCGGCCUCUUCGGGGAGGAUAAUGUGCGGGCCCUGCAGAAGUUUUUCUCAAGGUUGACAGAGAGGUUUGUGAAUGGGGUGGAUGUAUUAAUGGACACAUUCUGGAGAAUAUGGACUGAUUUGUUAGAUGUUCUUGGAAUUGAUGCCUCCAACUUGACUCAUUAUUUCAGCCCAGCAGCAAUUGCCAACAACCCAACCCGUGCCCUUCUGCUGAUCGGUGCCAUUUUACUUGCCUAUUGGUUUUUAUCUCUCUUCCUUGGAUUCUUCUUCUAUCUCCUGCACAUGCUGUUUGGUCGUUUUUUCUGGAUUGCAAGGGUUGCCCUUUUCACUCUCUCCUGUGUGUACAUCCUCCAGAAGUAUGAAGGUGACCCAGAGCAUGCAGUCCUGCCUCUCUGCUUUGUCGUGGCAGUCUACUUCAUGACAGGGCCAGUUGGGUUUUACUGGAGAAGAAACAGCAACAGCAGCCUUGAGGAGAAGAUGGAUCACCUCGACAGUCAGAUCAGACUGCUGAACAUUCGUCUCUCCAGGGUGAUUGAAAACCUGGACAGAGGCAGUGAGCAGUGAAACAACCCCCAGAGACAACCCCUGUACACCCACCAGCUCGAGGAAACUCCCACGCGCCGUCGCGGUCGAAGUUACAAAGCAACAAAGCAUCACACGGUAAAAAGUGUGCAAAGUUAGAACUUUUCAUCAUGUGUGAGACUAGGUUUAUCUAGGUUAUACACUCAGCCAUUAUACUUGUAGGAAAAACAGACAAAAAACAAAAAAGUUACAAAAAAAAAAAAAAUCAGCUGUAUAUUCAGAGAGUUUUAUCCAGUACUAGAGUUUUCUCGGUAGAUAAAUGGUUACUUUUACAAGCAUUUAAAGACAUCUUUUUUAAAGUUUUUAUAAAAGCAAAUGGAGUAGUCUUUCAAAUAUUGAGAUUGAGCUAAACAUAUGCAAAUUUGACACUUAAAAGUUAAAAAGAAAAAAAAAAAAUCUCAAGCUACCAAACACUUCCAUUGAGAAGUAACUGCUGUGGGUCCACUUUUUCUUUUUUUUUUUUGAGAGUUGUGAAUGUUUUUUGUUUUAUUGUUGGCAUAUUUCAUUGCCUUGAAGUUGCCUUUCACAGAGUAUCAGAUGAGGAAUUUUCUGGUAUCCAGGCCAAAAAACCUCACACCAUAGCUUUUAAUAGGAGGUGGGGAGUAGGAGAGAAGGAAGAUUUCCUAAUGUUUGAAGUCCUUACAUGCCAGUCCAACAUGAGGAAUUGAGAAGGCCACGUGUGGCAUUAUUUCAUUGCAUUUCAUUCUCUAGAAUUUUAAUUUAGUUUCUGAAGUCUGUUCUAACAAGUUGACACAAAGGAAAGAGAUGUUGCAUGGCAGAUUGUAAUUCAUAUUUGAUCUUCACAGUGAAGCAUCUUCCAAGCAUAAGUGCAUAGAACAAAAUGUGAUUUUUUUUUUAAUUUUUUUUUUAUCUUGGGACCCACGUACUUUCUCAAAAAAGGCAACAGUUAAAACUCUUGCAAAUGUAUUGUUGCUUAAAGCUUUCUCAGGACCAAUAAGCAGCAAUAAAUUAUCUUCAGGAAGAUCUGGAUUUUUUUUUUUUUAAUUGUAAUAGUUUUAUAGGAGCUUUUUGCUUGAAGUCUGUGCCCUCACUCUGUUGGGUUUUGGGGAAAGUGAGUCACCUUAUGAGAAGGGUGCAUUAAACACUUGUAUUUCAGAGUGAUGCAGGAACUUUGAAGCAGUUUUGUUUUGAGGGGUUCUAUGUUUUUGUAACCUUAGAAUUAACUGGGCUGGCAGACUAGCACUGGCUUUGUAAGGAGUGCUGAAAUGCAUUGAAACAAAGGUAACCUCAGGGAAGAAAGCCCAAGAUGUGGUUUAAGCUGCACAACCCAGAGCAGCUACACGGGGACAGGAGGGGAAGGACCUAAACCCGUAGCAAUGAGCACAGUUCAGUACCUUGAGAGGUAAAAUGGACCACAGCUGAGGAACUGCAUAUUCCAUAAUGCCAAAACAAACAAAUCAAGGAAAACAGAAAAUGCAACAGAAAUUGGGUCUGUGAUAGGGACUGGCUAAAAAGGAAGGGAACAAAGAGGAGGUGACCCACGUGCUGUCGCUUCACUGGCGAGUGCCGGAUCCGGUGGGCCCGGCCAGCUGAGCACAGCUUGGUGCUGGGUCUUCAGCUUCUUGUUUCCUCCCCAGCUUCUGUGGGAUGUGGCACUUAAUGAAUGUAACUGUGGGGUGAAUUUACUCUUCUUAAAACGUGUGUUACUUGCCUAACUUCUGGUCUGUGUGACAUUUACAUGAGGGGUUAUUUUAAAUCCAUGUUGAUGGCCUUUACUCCUAAUGGUGAUCACUUCAGUUCAACACGGUUGAAGUUCAUAUGCACUUGGCACUGUUGUAAUCCAUUUUAAUUUUUAUGUAAUCUGCCCGCCCCCAUUUUUUUCAAGAAAUACACAUUUAGAGUUGCAGAGUAACUGCUUUCCAUAACUUCAAAUCUUUUCCAUUAACAGAUAAGUACUAUGGCAACAAAUAGUCGCUUUGUGAAGCUGAAAAUGUAAAUGACAGCACAUUCCUUUUUGCAGCUCAUUUUCCACAGUAUUACAGAGUCUUCCUUGCAAAUUCAUAUGUGCACAGAGGGCUGGGCUGAGACACAGACCUAGAAAUUAGGAAUUGAUUAGCAAAGCUUGUCAGGUCUGUGUGUUUUGCUGAGGCCUGAGGACCAAAGCCUGCAAACCUUGCUCGUGUCAGCGACUCCAGCAGGACCAUGUGCAUGAGUUAGUUUUGCAUAGAUUGUAUUUUAUGUAAUCCAUAUUUAACGUUGAAGUUAAAAGUACUGAAUUGUUAUAUAUAUUAAGAGUUGUAUAUGAUAAAGAUUUCUUUUCGGAUCCUAGAUAAAAGUUAAGUUGGAUUAUAGUUUCUCCCAGUCUCACUAUACCAAUUUAUCCUAGUUUUGUAAAAUCAGCCCUCCUAUAUUGAUACUCUCGAUUUUGAUCACCCUGCUGCUUGGAAAAAAAGUAUUUUUGUAUUUACUUGCAUCCCAUGUAUAGCAAAAUGUUAUGUGAAAAGUGGUAUAUAUAAAAUUGGAUAUUUUUAAUCAGUAUUUUUCCCAGCGCUCAGUUUUCAUGUUAGUCAAAUUCAGAAGUAAUGAUUUUUUUUAAAGGCACAACCUAAUCUUGAAAAUAUAUAUAUAUAUAUAUAUAUAUAAACUUUAAAAAUGCUCUGUAUUUUUAAACAUGCACUGUAGUGAAAGCGCUUUGGGGACAUGAAUGUGGUAUUGUACUUAACCUCUUUCAACUUUUGUAAAUACCUUUUACAACUCUUUUCCAUGCCAAGACAUCUAGUUCAUCCAUGGAGGUUUUUGCUCAGAUUUUUAGACCUCAUUUCAAUGACAGUGGUUGCACUGCUUUUGUAUUGCCCUCGGCAGGAGCAGAGAUGUGUGGGUGUCUCCUGGUCACACAGGGAUAAAUUGAGGCACAGAUGUCCCUGAGUUGGUGGCAGAAAUGGGAAUGAUCCCCAGCUCUGGCAGCUCCUGGCCUGGCACCCUAACACGGCACAGCUGGAUGGAAGGUGGGUGGCAGUGUUGGUGUACACCACUCCCUCAGUGUCCAGCCUGGUGUGAGCUGCCUGUAGGGUGGGGAACGUGUCCUUCUGUCCCCUCCACACCAAAGGCUGCUCUGCUGGGACAGCUCCUGCUCUGUGACCUUCUUGUGAAGGAGCAUCACCAGCUGGUGUAACCAUUUUGGAUGGGCUUAGGCUGUCUCGCAUCAGGAAUUCCGCUGAGGUCUUUAAGUGUUUUAAACUUCAUACUUUUAGAAGUAAUAUUUGAAACCACUGUAGUAUUUUCAAAACACUCACAUUUUUUUUUACUUUUUUUUUUUUUUUUUUUUGCAAAACAAACGUGGGUAGCAAUUUCUUUUGAAGUGCACAGCUCGCCUGUAGAUAUCCGACCUGUCCUCGGAAUGUAACGCUUCCAAAAGUGGCAUUGGGUGUCAGAGUGCAACGUGUAGACCCUGGUGUAACUCAGUGCUGUACUCAAUAGUGUGUCCUGCACAUCGUGGCCUGCUUGUAAAGACUUGUUGCAUCGUUAGUGUGGAAAUUAGAACCUUAUCAACCUUAGCUCUUUGGUGGUGUAGAAGUUUCCAAGUGUGAUUUGCCUCCCGUACUGAUCCGUAUUUGGCAGCUAAUGAUGUAAAUGACCAUAAGUUCUCUUUGUCUGGGGUUGGAAAAAAAAUCAAAAGUUUCUUUGUAUUCGCAUGUGUUUUAAACUUUUGGGUAAUUCCAUGGAGCUGUGGUGGCAGCACAUGUAAUGGUUGAUCUGUUCCUUUUAAUCAGAAAUGGCAUUUGCUGUGGUGGCACUGCUGUUAGUGAUCCCACUCCUGUUUUGUACAUCAGGUUUCAGAUGAUCGUGUUUCAGUUUGUACAAUUUCUGUGUUUAUGUAAAAAAAAGCAAAAAACAAAACGAAACAACUCGGUCUGCAGAUGCUGUCUGUGUACUUUUGAGAUAUGACCCCUAGGGAAAUACUCGAUUCUGCUGAUAGUAGCGUGAAGUAGUUACAGAUAUAUCAAGACUUAUUUUUUACGGAGCUCUACAUGCCUUUAUUUAUUACUUAUCUGACCACCCAAGCAGUGUGCUACGUAGUUAAGUAUUUGUAGACCAAUUUCACAACUCAACUAUGGUAUUGUGACAAAGCUACAAUAAAUGUUUACUCAAACUUUA